UAUGAGACUAUAUGAUGUCCACGAAGUGCGCAGUUUCAUUGCUCACUAGUUUCCUGCGCCUUUACGCACCAUCACGCUCUUCACUCCAGUUAGUUGCCCCACCUAAGAAGCCGAGUGCGGGACUUUCUGCGUCUGUACUACAAGAUAAAAGUUCUUAAUUAAGCGGCUAAUUCUUUUCCAGCAGACUUUUUUUUCCACAUGACACGCCAGAAGCAGGAACAAGCGCGCAAACAAGAAGUCUGGUGAACAUCUGCAUGACAGAGACGCAUCUCACUCCGUGACUCACCAUGAACGCGACGAUCUUUAACAGCACUCUGUUUGCGCACGGCGCUUUGCUCAACAGCAGUCAGCAGCUCGCAGGCACGCUGGUGGACGAGGUCAGCGCGAGCGACGGCGGCGGCGGCGCCGGUGGAGGAUCUUUGGUGCUCGAACCGGACGAGCGCAAGUUGUUCGUUACGCGCGCUGUGCAGAUCGCGGUCCUGUGCGUUCUCUCGCUCACAGUCGUCUUCGGGAUCUUCUUUCUCGGCUGCAACCUCAUGAUCAAGUCCGAGAGCAUGAUCAACUUCUUGGUGAAAGAGCGGCGGCCGUCUAAAGACGUUGAGGCGGUGAUGAUCGGACUCGGGUAACAGCACCGAGCACAAGGAUUGAUAUGUACACCCGGGGCGGCGGAUUGCCACGCGCCUGGUGUCAUGAGCAGCGCGAGGAUAUGCAACUCGUUUGUUCCUUCGUUCGCGUGUGUGGAGGAAAAGCUGAACGAGACUUUUAAGUGUCUUUAAAAGUCUAAUUAAUUAUACAGUAACUGUCAGAGAAAUUGAAUUUGCACGCUGAAAAUAUGUAGAAUGUAUUGAUGUUUAUUAAUUCAUUAUUUUUUUUUAUGUUAUAUUAAAAAUCAAUAUUCGAGCCAGUUUGUUGCAUUCGGGGUGUUUGACCUUUACAGUAAAAAUAUGUUUACACGUUUUUUACCUCAAAUGCAAAAAAAAAAACUAAAACUUUUAACUUCCAAAAUGCAUGAAGAUGAAUGAAGUCAAUGUAGCCUAUGCAUCUGGCACCGUGGGCAUUUCUUCUUUUUUAUUAUUUCGAAUGAUGUUUUUGUGCAUUUUUUUUUUUGAAAGAAAUAUUUCUCAUCAUUAAUAUUUGCACGUUUUCCUACGAGUCCUUGGGUAAAUUGCUGGAGAUGCAGCAUGUGCGAUGCUCUUUACUGUCUUGCACUUUCAUAUGAAACUUGCUGCAUGAACUGUUUUGUAAAUAACGAUGAAACUUGUCAAUAAAUGUAACUUUUCA